GAUCGAACAGGCACAGAAGUCACUCACUACUUCAACCGAGAGCAUUCACGACCAUCCCAGAAGAAUAGUCGGUGUUCACGAUGAAGCUACUAGUUUCACUGUUGGCCUUAUCAUGUGCUAUCGCAUAUGCAAGCGCAAAUUUACCUGGGGAUCAAGCGCCGCCGCAAUUGACCGGACCGGUUCUACCACAUACACCGCGAUUUCCACGUGAAGCCGAUCCCCAAAACUCAAUAACCUUCCAAGGCUCCCAGCCCUUGUCUGGCCCACAUCGUCAACCUACUUGGGACUUAAAUUUCAACCGCAAUAUCGCAAAUAAUGACCGCAGUAGAACGGACAUUUUUGGAGGAGUAGGAAAAGUACCUGGCCAACCAGUGCAACCACACAUCGGUAUCCAGACUGAGAGGAACUUCGGCAAUAACGGUUUUAUCAGAGGUUCUGGUCAACUUCAACCGGGUCGUGGAGGUCACGGAGUCUCUCCGUCGUUCGGCGUGACCGGUGGCUUCCGAUUCAGGAGAGAAGCCGACCCCCAAAACUCGAUAAACUUCCACGGAACACAGCCUCUAAGCGGGCCGAAUAGGCAACCCACCUGGGACCUCAACUUCAAUCGUAACAUACACAACAAUGGUCGUACAACGGCGGACGUUUUCGGAGGAGUGAGUAAAGUACCUGGACAACGAGCGCAACCGCAUGUCGGUAUCCAGGCUGAGAGAAACAUCGGCAAAAACGGUUUUAUCAGGGGUUCUGGUCAGCUUCAACCGGGUCGUGGAGGUCAUGGAGUCUCUCCGUCGUUCGGCGUAAGCACUGGCGUCCGAUUCAGGAGAGAAGCCAAUCCCCAAAAAAAUUCGAUAAACUUCCACGGAACACAACCUCUAAGUGGGCCGAAUAGGCAACCCACCUGGGACCUCAACUUCAAUCGUAACAUACACAAUAAUGAUCGUAUGAGGACGGAUGUUUUCGGGGGAGUGAGAAAAGUACCUGGCCAACCAGUGCAACCACACAUCGGUAUCCAGACUGAGAGGAACUUCGGCAAUAACGGUUUUAUCAGAGGUUCUGGUCAACUUCAACCGGGUCGUGGAGGUCACGGAGUCUCUCCGUCGUUCGGCGUGACCGGUGGCUUCCGAUUCAGGAGAGAAGCCGACCCCCAAAACUCGAUAAACUUCCACGGAACACAGCCUCUAAGCGGGCCGAAUAGGCAACCCACCUGGGACCUCAACUUCAAUCGUAACAUACACAACAAUGGUCGUACAACGGCGGACGUUUUCGGAGGAGUGAGUAAAGUACCUGGACAACGAGCGCAACCGCAUGUCGGUAUCCAGGCUGAGAGAAACAUCGGCAAAAACGGUUUUAUCAGGGGUUCUGGUCAGCUUCAACCGGGUCGUGGAGGUCAUGGAGUCUCUCCGUCGUUCGGCGUAAGCACUGGCGUCCGAUUCAGGAGAGAAGCCAAUCCCCAAAAAAAUUCGAUAAACUUCCACGGAACACAACCUCUAAGUGGGCCGAAUAGGCAACCCACCUGGGACCUCAACUUCAAUCGUAACAUACACAAUAAUGAUCGUAUGAGGACGGAUGUUUUCGGGGGAGUGAGUAAAGUACCUGGUCAACGAGCACAGCCGCACGUUGGUAUCCAGGCUGAGAGAAACAUCGGUAAAAACGGCUUCAUCAGGGGUUCUGGUCAGCUUCAACCGGGUCGUGGAGGUCACGGAGUCUCUCCAUCGUUCGGCGUGAGCACUGGCGUCCGAUUCAGGAGAGAAGCCGAUCCCCAAAACUCGAUAAACUUCCAGGGAACACAGCCUCUAAGCGGACCGAAUAGGCAACCCACCUGGGAUCUCAACUUCAAUCGUAACAUACACAAUAAUGAUCGUAUGAGGACGGAUGUUUUCGGAGGAGUGAGUAAAGUUCCUGGUCAACGAGCGCAACCGCACGUCGGUAUCCAAGCUGAGAGGAAUUUCGGCAAUAACGGUUUCAUCAGAGGUUCUGGCCAGCUUCAACCGGGUCGUGGAGGUCACGGAGUUUCUCCGUCGUUCGGCGUGACCGGUGGCUUCCGAUUCAGGAGAGAAGCCGAUCCCCAAAACUCGAUAAACUUCCAGGGAACACAACCUCUAAGCGGGCCGAAUCGGCAACCUACCUGGGACCUCAACUUCAAUCGUAACAUACACAAUAAUGAUCGUAUGAGGACGGAUGUUUUCGGAGGAGUGAGUAAAGUACCUGGUCAACGAGCGCAACCGCACGUCGGUAUCCAAGCUGAGAGGAACUUCGGCAAUAACGGUUUUAUCAGAGGUUCUGGCCAGCUUCAACCGGGUCGUGGAGGUCACGGAGUUUCUCCGUCGUUCGGCGUGACCGGUGGCUUCCGAUUCAGGAGAGAAGCCGAUCCCCAAAACUCGAUAAACUUCCAGGGAACACAACCUCUAAGCGGGCCGAAUCGGCAACCUACCUGGGACCUCAACUUCAAUCGUAACAUACACAAUAAUGAUCGUAUGAGGACGGAUGUUUUCGGAGGAGUGAGUAAAGUACCUGGUCAACGAGCGCAACCGCACGUCGGUAUCCAAGCUGAGAGGAACUUCGGCAAUAACGGUUUUAUCAGAGGUUCUGGCCAGCUUCAACCGGGUCGUGGAGGUCACGGAGUUUCUCCGUCGUUCGGCGUGACCGGUGGCUUCCGAUUUAGGAGAGAAGCCGAGGAUAUCGAAGACGAAGAUGACGCGGAGCUCAUCGAAGAAUAGGAAAUCUCAUUAAGGAGUAUUAAGUCCCCUCUAUAUUUAAAUCGGCUAUGUACAUAUAUAUAUAUAUAUAUAUAUAUAUAUAUAUAUAUAUAUAAUUUUAUCAAAGAUUCUAACUUAUUCUCUUACUAUUGGUAUUAUUAACGUUGCAUUUGCAUUUGUACCAACUGUGUACGAUUGUUCGAUUGUAUUCACCUAUAUUUAAGACAUGUUAUUUAUGACUUAUGGAGGCUUUUAUGUCCUUUUAACAGGCAGCAUAUAUUAUAUAAUACGUAUACAUUUUACGUAUUUUAUUUAAAUAAAUUAUGUUUAUUGGAAA